UUUUCUGUCCCCCCAAAUUCUUCUGCAGAGUGAGUGUAACUUUAUGGCCAGAUACAUGAGGCCUCCAAACACGUCUUUGUUUGUCCGAAACAUCUCCGAUGAGUCCAGAAAAUGUAAAAGCAUCCAGUUGUGGAACCGGCCACAAAGAGUAACAAAGACCCGUGUAGAGUAGCUGUAAAGACAAGUCACACAGACCUUCAGGAACAGAGGGAGGGGAAAAGGUUGAAAAAAGAAAGUAAAGCAUGAAGAGGAAAAGGGAACGGAGACAAAGCUUGGAUAUGGCGACAAAGAAUGGGGAAAAAGGAAAAAGAGGUUUAAAGAGGAAAAAGGCAAGCAGGAAAUCCAAGUCUCUCUGGGAGUCAAUUAAAGAGUGUAAAGAUCAAGAUGAAGUUCAAAGUCAAGCAUGGGCAAGCAUAUUUGAAGACGUGCGCGAUGCAGAAGAUGCUCUUCACAGCCUGGACAGGAAGUGGGUGUGCGGCCGGCAAAUUGAAAUCCAGUUUGCCCAGGGCGAUAGAAAGACACCAAAUCAGAUGAAAUCAAAAGAAAGGCGAUCACCAGGCAGAUCCUCUCGAUACGAUGACUACGAUCGAGACAGCCGGCGCAGACGUUCACGCAGCCGCAGCUACGACAGAUACAGAUCACGCAGCCCCUCUUACGAUCGCCGUCGCAGACGAUCUGAGAGUCCUCGAGAGUCUCGUGGACGAGUGUGUGGAAGAGGAAGAAGCAGAAGCCGCGAGGAUGAUCGAUACAGGCAGAGGCCUCGGAGAGAGUCCAGAGGGAGAUCUCGAUCGCGCUCCAGAUCCGCAUCUCCACGAGAGAACGUCAACCCGGCAUCGACCUCUCAUUACACCGAGGAAGAAGUGCGACGGACGCGCUCCCCAUCCCGCUCCAGGUCCCGGUCCGUAUCAAGGUCGCGCUCUCGCUCACGUUCUCGGUCCCGAUCCUGGGCGGGACGCAAGUCAGGAGGACGCUAGAAAGCGUCUCCUCCUUCCUGUAACCCUCAUUCAGUCAGUUGGACCAGAGUUGGUCAUUUGUCAAGAAAAGUUUGUUUUGACAUGAAUGUAACUUCCACUGAACCAUUUGUAGAAUGCUUGUUAUGCAGCUCCAUUUUAAAGACAAUGCUGGUCCUUUUCUUGGUUUUGUAAACUCGUCUUUGGUAAUAUUUCCUGAUAGGAAUAUGAAACAGUCAGCAGUUUGUGUUCAGUGGUAGUUGGCCAAGAAUAAUCUAUUGUCUUUUUUAUAUACAGUCAACUGAUAAUUUUGUUUUCUAAACCCUAUGUACCCAUUUUUGCUAAAAAAAAGAAAAAAAGAAGAACAUUCAGUAUUUUAAGGAAAAUCCAGUUUGUUGACGAGUUAUACCAGCAUUUCUGUUUGUUUUAUUGAAUUUACAACAAAUUACAUACUUUUUACUUUACUGCUGACCAUUUUCCAAAACUGUACUGCAGAUUUGUCUUGUUUUUCUUCUUCUGUCAGCCGCAUGUAUCCAUGUACCUCAUCAUUAUUACAUUAAGAAAAUAAUUUUCAAAAACUUGCUUGAGACAUGUAAUCUGCCACAUUGAACAAUACUGAGAUAAUCAACAGUUUUUUUUAUUGUCAAAGUUAAAUAAUCCAAGCAUGAUCAUUCAACUGUAAACACAGACUGAGUUGUAAAGUGCACUUCAUUUCCUUGCAACAAAAAUACGCCUGAAAAAACUGAAGUCAGACACAACAUUCACUGUGAUGAAUUACAUUUCAAACAAGUUUCAGGUCUCCAGAAGUUGAUUUUCAUGUUUUGAAGCUGAGAACUAGCGGCCGCCGGGAAGGAGAAAUGUUUUUUAAAAAAAAGUGUAAAGAAUACGAUCUGUGUUGGAAAAUGGUCGGCAGUUCUGUCAAGUACAUGAGUAUGGCGGCUAAAAUACACAGAAAUGCUGCUGCAGUAUGUCCCUUUUAAAGUGUUAAAAAUGUGACUUCAACCACAAACAGUUUGAAAUGUACAUUUUGUUUUGAUUUAGUUGUGUUUUCUGUAAGAGUAGACCUUUUCAAAAGGUAUUUCAUAUUGGAACAUUUCUCCAAAUAUCGGUUCUGAAAGGAGGAACGAAAGUGUGUCUUUGGUGUUUAAACGACUGAGUUAAUGUUUGUUUUGUUUUUUUCAGAAUGAAUCUUGUCACUGCAUGUUUUAUCCUCCUAAUCUUCUAUCUUUAGUAAACUGUUAUUUUGAGUAAUAAACGGAUAACAUUCAGUAUAAGGAAA